AACUAUAUACUAAAGUCAAAAGUUUAGUAAAAUAUCAUCACGUUAUCUAGUUUCAAGAACUUAACUCAUCCCUUCAUCUUUUUUUCUUCUUCAUCAAUCAAUUAUCAUGAAAUCUUCAACAAUUUCAUUAAGUGAUCGAUACCAGAAAUUUUCCUCUUCAGGAGACGAUACGCCGUCGCCGAUUCGCUCGAAAACUCGAUUUUAUGUUGAUACGAUGGAUCCACAACCUGCAAUGUAUAGAAAAAAGAAAAAUGAUGUUCCAUGGUCAACUGGAUUAUGUGAUUGUAUGUCUGAUCCCAAAAAUUGUUGUAUUACAUUAUGGUGUCCAUGUAUCACUUUUGGACAGGUAGCUGAGAUUAUUGACAAGGGAUCUAAUUCUUGUGGAGUAAAUGGGGCAUUAUAUACAAUAAUAAUAUGUGUGACUUCUUGUCCAUGUAUUUACUCUUGUUUUUAUCGUAACAAAAUGAGACAACAAUAUUUGUUGAAAAAAAGUCCUUGUGGAGAUUGUCUGGUUCAUUGCUUUUGUGAAGCUUGUGCAUUGUGUCAAGAAUAUCGUGAGCUCAAAAAUCAAGGAGUUGAUAUGUCAAUUGGAUGGCAUGGAAAUGUGGAGAGACAAAAUCGUGGUGUGAUCAUCCCACCAACAGUUGAAGGUGGAAUGAAUAGAUAAAGAUUAUAUUUUUUUUUAGAAAUCGAAGUAAUAACUGCGAUAUAAUAAAGAGAUGCAUUUAGUUGAACGAUAGAAAAUAAUAAUUUUGUUAGUGGAUUAUGAUUGUAAUCAAAUUAUGUACAUGAUUAUUAUAAGUAUAUUGUUAAUUUUAUCGAGUUCACGA